AAGCGUGGCUUCCUCUCCGAACUCUUUGGGACGUACAUGCACAAGUAGCAACGCUGGCUAUCCCUGGAAUUAGAUUUAUACGAAACUUUUGUUCAAAAAUGGCUAAACCACAAUGCUUUUUCGAUGUUACGGCUGAUGGACAACCACUUGGAAGAAUUGUAAUGGAGUUAAGAGCAGAUGUUGUCCCAAAGACUGCUGAAAACUUUAGAGCACUUUGUACUGGAGAGAAAGGCUUUGGAUACAAAGGCUCCUCAUUCCACCGUGUGAUUACAGAAUUCAUGUGCCAGGGUGGUGAUUUUACAAAAGGCAAUGGAACUGGAGGAAAAUCAAUUUAUGGGGAGAAGUUUGCAGAUGAAAACUUCAUCUUGAAGCAUACUGGACCUGGAACACUUUCAAUGGCUAAUGCUGGCAAAAAUACCAAUGGCUCCCAGUUUUUUAUCUGCACUGUAAAGACAGCUUGGCUUGAUAACAAACAUGUUGUGUUUGGAAGUGUUGUUGAUGGUAUGGAUGUUGUCAAGAAAAUGGAAUCAUAUGGAUCAAAGCAAGGUGCCACCACCAAGAAACUUGUCAUCUCCAACUCUGGACAACUUUCUUGAGUCAAUGAAAACUAUGGGCAUUCUUGUGGCAUUGUGAAGCUUGAAUGUUAAUAUUCAUGGACAGUUCUUCAAACCACAGCUCAAGAUUAAGGCUCACAUAAACACUUUAGUGACAACUUUUAGUUCUUUGCUAAGCUGUAAAACUAUGGGACUGAGAAAAGAAUAAACAAUUCGAUUAAUUUAA